UUAAAUGCAAUUGGCUCAGCAGAGGAAAUCCAGAACCGAAAAUAAGAAGGGGCCUGGAGCUGGUAAUGGUGAAGGGCAGCACAGAAGCCUGGCAUUAACUGGUUGCUGCAAAACUGAAGCAGAUUCUUUCAGUCUAUGAAGGGACAGUUUGAAAUUAAAGAGUGAGAAUGGGCUCCCAGAAACCGUUGUUAUAUGAUUGGCUUAUUGAGCAGAUAGACAGUGGUCAAUACCCUGGCCUCUGUUGGCUGAAUGCAGAGAAAACAAGAUUCCAGAUUCCAUGGAAACAUCGCUCGAGGCAGGACAUUUCCGAAGAUGACUCCAAAAUAUUUCAGGCUUGGGCGAUAGCAAGUGGCCGGUACAAGCCAGGGAUCAAUGCUGCUGACCCUAUUGUGUGGAAGAGAAACUUGCGCAGCGCUCUCAAUAGGAACAGUCGUUUUCGACGUGUGGUUGACAAUAGGAAUGACUCUGAGAAACCCCACCUGAUUUAUGAGAUCCAGAGCACUGGCCAGAAGGGUGGGGCCAGUGUCGAGGAAGAGAGUGACGAAGUCAGUUCUGUGAUCGACAGUGUCAGCCCUGGGCUCUCCACGGGUUCAGCACCCAGCGUGUGCACUCUGGAGAACAGCUUGCGAGACAUGAUGAUAUUGGACCAGGCGACAGGGGACGGUGGAGAAGGGACCAUGAUGGAAACGGGAACCGCCCUCUGUGCAUCCAACUACCCUCCAGAAUACGCAUUCCCUCCAAGCAGCCUGAGUGAAAUAAAGCCCACUGCCAGUGCACACGGUGCUUGUGCAAUGCCACUCGCAGACGAAGGACCAAAUAACACCUGCCCAAAUGUCGGCGAGUUCCAAACACAGAUGAGAGGAUAUUUCCAGAAUGGACAGCUCGCAACCCAGUUUGAGGUAACAAUCUAUUAUCGUGGCAGGAGGGUGAAGGAGCAGAUUGUGAAGAACACUGAUGGAUUCCGACUGUGUUACACAUCGGAAUCUAAAUUGCCAUACCUGGACGACCUCCGGUUCCCAGAAGCGGCCUCCUGUUUGAAUGACCAGCAACAAAUCAUGUACACAAACAGGCUGUUGGAGGGGAUGGGCCAAGGGCUGAUUGUGGAAGUGAGCAAUAAUCAGAUCUGUGCGCAGAGACUCGGCAGCUGUAGGACCUUCUGGUCGAUGAUGGAGAACCCCAAAAGUAAUGAACCUCGACAGAUCUCCAGCAAGGAGCUAACCGUCCUGUAUGACCUAUCUCAGUUUCAUCAAGAAAUGUGUGCCUUUCUGAACUCAGAGGGAGGAUCUCCGCAGUAUUCCAUUUGGCUGUGUUUUGGGGAGCUGUGGCCAGACCCUGGUGAUAGAACCUGGAAUAAGAAGCUGAUCAUGGUGCAGGUGACACCCAUAACCUUCAAACUGUUGCACGAACUGGCACAUGGAGUGGGAGCCUCCUCACUGCAUGGUGAUUCUAUCAACCUCCAGCUCUCCGAUCCCCUCUCCUCCUCCAGCUUCCUGUUCAUACUGGACCAGCACAUGGAUAUCGAGUAGGCUGAUUGUCUCCCCCUUGGGCAGCCUGCCUCCAACUACCAUUGCUGAGUCAGCGGUGACAAGCGGGAGGGACCAUAUUUAAAUGAGGCAUUAAUCCAGCGGAUGAGGGUUCGAAUCUCUGUGGUGGGGGCGUGAAUGGCUGGAAUGAUAAAAAUUUGGAAAGAAAAAUAAUCUGCCCAUGGUUUAAAAAAAGUGAUUGUGAGAUUGUUGGAUCGUUGCGAAAGCCCUGUUGAUCCAUGUGUGGUGAUAGAAUGGGAAGUGAGAAAGCCUGGACCUAAACACGACUCCAGUCCCACACUUGACUCACAACAGCCCCUCUAAAAUAAGCCCCUUGGUCAUACCACGCUGCCAACAACAUGUCAGGAAAGCCCACGGGAGGGGCAAUAAAUGACAAAGAAAGGUCAAAGUGUUCCAGAACAAAUCAAAAAAGACAUGAAGGAAAUAAGAAGGGGUUAGGUACCAGUAAUUGAAAGCCAAAGCAAGUCAGUGACCAUGGACAGGGAAAACUCCAUUCUGAAGAGGCUGCUGUGGAAAUGUUGACAUAUUUGUGUAAAUGAUGUGCCUACCUUCCCAUGGGAAACCCUUUUCUGAGUUGGGUUUGGCUGAAUCCCUGGCACCAUGUCAAGAGGAGAAAACUGCCAAAGCAGCCAGUUUUUAAUUUCUGACUGUGGGUUUUGAUGGUGUAUUUAAUUUGUGAUUUCCCCAUGAACAAGGUGAAGUUUCAAACGCAGAAAGCAGUGUGCUUCUAGGGACAGAUCUGCUAACAGCAUGCAUCUGAAGCAAAGGUAGACAUGCGUCAUCCCUACACCAGUCAAGCAGAGCCUGCUGCUGUAGUUAAGUUUCCUCCAGGCAUUUAAAGCAAUCUCAGAUUUGUUCUUCACUAUUCCGCACAACACUGGGGCACAGUGGUCCCAGCAGUGAAGUAAACAUCUACCUAUGGGGACCUGCCCCGCUCACCCCUCUCACUAGCUCAGCGUUGGUGAAGCCAACACUGUUGCCCUAGUUGCUAGCCCAAAGUGAACUAGGCAGAGCGGGCUAGGCAGAGGGAGGAGAACUAAAUGAAAUAAGAUGCUGUCUCAUGCCUCCUACUAUUUUUCAAAGAGGCAAGCACUCCUGUUCUGUAACAAUCUGACUUUUAUUUUUACAAUAUUCUCAAUAACAGGCAGAUACAUACAAUAUUAGCACAGCUGAUGGAGCACAGGAGCUGUCUACACAAACUGACCACCACCCCGCCAAUCCAACAAUAACAGGCGCAUUAUCGCUUCUGGGUGGGGAUGACUGUUCAACUGGAAUUUACUUCUCUUUGGACAGAGAUUCAGACUUUUACAAUAAUUUCAUUUUGCCUGAUUUUAGCAAGAGCCAUGCUAGGUUGAGGGAAUUGGUGUUUUUUUUUUCCAAAUAAUUGUCCAUUCCUUCUCUCUUUGGCAAUUGAUCUUUGCUUGGGUGUCCAGUUCAUCCAAAGCAGCACCAUUGCUUACUCCCCAGUGAUUUAUCUAGUCAUUGGUGCAGUGACAUCAGAUACUGCCAGUCACAUUGGUGAAAGGACACAGUAGGAUGUAUAGCAAGGAUAACAGUUAAAACUCCCAAGACAUUUCACCUCCUUCAGCUCAGCAAAUCCUAACAUCAAUGUGUUCCUCAUUUCAGCAGUGCUAAUACUGUUGAAUAGUUUUCUUUUUAUUCAGGGUGGGAGGUGUGGAAACAUUAGGGCAGACUCCCUCAACUGCGAAUAUAAACAGCCCAAAUAAAUUAGAUGUUUUACAAAACAUUUUGUCCAAUUUUCUUGAGGCAGUGAGCUUAUUUCUCUUAACUAAAAAAAAUUGGUUUUGAUGAGAUACUGUAAUUUCACAAGGGGGACCCUACUGCCUCCUUUUAAAUGUGCAUUCUUUAUUAUCUAGUAUUUAAAAAGGCCAGCAAAACCCCAAAUAUCAAUAUAUAUAUACUCCUUGGGUCAGUGAAACCUGCUUUGGUUCCACAGACACACACACAGACACACACACAGACAGUCUCAUUCAUCAAAUAACCAUCUUUCAACACACACUCACACUGGCAAAUCCAUCCAGAAAUAUAGACGACACCAAACACAGUCAGACAAAGGCUGGUAACGUUGCGCUGUCACCACACAGUCUCUCAGCCCACCCUCCCUCUCCUCCCCAGCUUCAUCACCUCCCCCCCCCUCCCCCAAACCCACUCCUCGAAAUAACAGUAUGUACAGGACACAGCCCCAGCUCAAAUCUUAAACCCAGCUCCUUAUCACAUUGCCAGAAAUGAUAUAAAGCAGGUCACACAUAUAAGACGACUGCACUUCUUUGCACCUUUGAGCUAGAGACUCUUCCUGUGCAGAAACUAAAAAGCAAAUUACAGCAACAGAGUCAGAUGUGGCAAAACAACCUUGAGGUGCGCAACUGGGUUGCGUUGCCUGAGUUAAUCCCGUAUUCUGUAACAUGAUUGGCAGCAGAUUGAAGGGGGGGGGGGGGUAGAGAUGGGAAGGGGAAUAGUGUACUCUUACUGACUAAAAGCACUAAAAUUAAAACAACAGUGUUGCCUAAAUUCUCUCUCAGAAACCUGGAGAGCCCAGGGGGGUGGGGGUGGUCACAGUCAAUUGAUUGCCCAAGCUUACAGUAAAAUAUCUGGGUUCAAAAUCUUUUACUUUUUUUUUGGUUGGAAAAGUAAUCGCAAGAAAUUGCAAACUAAAGGCAUUCCUUCAUUCUUCACGAGCAUUCCUCAAUUCUCUCUUGGGGAUGAGACUCGUAACCCUGGGUCGCAGAGUUCACCAGAGAGUCUAAACAAGUUUUUCCAACGCUUCUGUGGACUUUGUGCCUAAUGCCUGACACUCACAAAUGGCUGUGGGGGGGUGGGGGGAGACAGUGGUGUGGUGCUAUAACAAAAAUGGACAUGUGUAAUUGGACAGUCCCUAAUACAGAGUAAAACAGCCUCAUUCUCCAAGAACCAGCACUCACUUUACAACAGUGAUUCGCAGUGAAUGAAAAUAUUUGGCCACAGAUGCCUCAAGGGCCACUAACUCCAGUAUCAGGUGGAUGGCGAACAUAAAAGUACCCAGAGACUACGACCUUGAGACAGUGCUCACCAGUACAAUCCUCAUUAUUUCCUUAGUUAAAAUGCACAAAUGAAAAUUCUUAAUCAAUUCACCCCUGCCAUUUUCCAACAUUGUACUAUACAUGUAUAUAUAUAUACCUUUUUUUUCCAAAAGAGUAAAGAAUAACAUAGACAUCAACAGGAAAAAUCAUUUCUCUCUGAUACAUCGCCUUCUCUCAGAAUGGCUGACUGCGUAAUAUUGUUUAUUACCAUUUAAAAGACAGUGCAGCUGUAUGGAAUUCACUGACCUACAAAAAAACUUCAUGCAUGAAGAAAAUGGGAGAGGGAGGGAGGGAGGGAGGGAAGGGAAGGGAAGGAAGAAGGAGGAGGACAAGGAAGAGAAAAACAAACAAAAAUCAACAGGACACGAGAGAAGAUGAGAAAGCUUGCCAGUGGCUCCUAUCUUAUAUACAGCCAUCGGGGAUACAGUAAACAGUUCUCAAAAGGUUCUUGUUUUGUCCUUUACUUUCUAAGAAUAUUCUGUCCCCUCCCUCCCUCCCCACCCCUCAGCAUUUCAUUAAAAGUGUCCCAAGUUUCUUACAUCUAAUUCAGGAUCAUUAGGCACUGCCACAAUGACAUAAACCCAGGUACGUCAGAAUGACUUACUAAAGUUUUCUUUUUUAAAAAAAAGUCUUCACACUUAUUAAAAUGAAAAUAAAAGGAGGUGCGCAAAAUUAUUGAAUUCUGGUAAAUAAUAAAAACUGUCUCUCGUUCCUGUUUACGUCUGUGCUGCCGCUUUUCCAUGUUUGUCUAACUUCCCAGCCUCCUUCCCAUUGCUCUGGCGUCCUCCUUCCUCUGGUCUCUUGCUGUGCCUUCGUGCAUACUUGUAUUUCUCCACAUACGCUUUCACCAAGUUGGCAACUUUGACGGGGUUGAUUUCACCACUUUUACUGUGGCAGAUCUGUAGCAGAGAGAGAUGAAAUGAGUUUGGGCUGGUGGUGGAUGCCUUAGGUAUGUAAUAAGACCUGGACAUCACUUGCAUUAAAUACUGUGGCCACAAGAACAGGUCAGAGAGCGGAGAAUGUGCAGAGUAACCAUCGACUCCAAAAACCUCUCCACUGCUAAGUCAGGAGUAUGGUGGAACAUUGUGAACUUGCCUGAAUGUGUACAGCUCUAUGAACACUCAAAGAGCUAGGCUGUUGUGGGAUUGGGCCAAAUUCAGUGGGCAAAUACAUAGCAGCUGUAGUAUGAUGUGGGUGAAUGUGAGGUUAUCCACUCUGGUAGCAAAACAGACAGGGAGAUUAUUAUCUGAAUGGUGAUAGGUUGAGAAAGGGAGAAGCAUGACGAGACCUGGGUGUCCUUGUACACCAGCUACUGAAAGUAGAUGCAGCACAUGGUGAAGCUACAAAAUGGUUAUGGUGAUCUUCACAGCUAGAGGAUUCGUGGUUAAUGACUUGCUGCAAAUGUACAGGGUAUUGGUGAGACAACACCAGGAGUACUGUGUACAGUUUUGGUCUCCUUAUAUGAAGAUGGUGGUUCUGGCCAUGCAGGGAGUGCAUUGAAAGUUUACCAGCCUGAUUCCUGGGAUGGGGGUGGUGGAUGAAUGGAGAGACUGGAUCAGUUAGGGCCAUAUUCACUCAAGUUAGAAGAUGAAUGAGGGGGUUUACAUACAAACCUAUAAGAAUUUGAACAGAAUUAGACAGGGUAGACGCAGGAAGCAUGUUUCUGUUAGCUGGGGAAUCCAGAACAAGGGGUUACAGUCUAAGGGUAAGAGGUAAACUUUUUAGGAUUGAGGUGUGGCAAGAUGUCUUCACCCAGGCAGUGGGGAGCCUGUGGAAUUCUCUGUCACAGGAAGCAAUUGAGGCCAAAACAUUGAAUGUUUUCAAGAAGGAGUUAGAUAUAGCUCUUCGGGUUAAAGGGAUCAAAGGAUAUGGGGAGAAAGUGGGAACAGGGGACUGAGUUGGAUGAUCAGCCAUAACAGUGUUGAACGAUGGAGCAGGCUCAAAGUGC